AUGGAGCCUGCAGAGAGAGAUACUUCAAACAAAGGCUCCGCCUCCGCGGCUCGGGGAACGGUGAAUUCCUCAGUCCACGCAACACGCCAGGGGGAAUGUGCAGCGCCACCUGCGGCUGAGGCGGCAGGAGCCGCGGCAAGCCACAUUGCAUGCGAGGGAGAACUGCGCAGAGCGCCAGGUGACUCAUCCUCCAGCGCAUUCGCCUCACACUCACAGUCGACGUCCGUCGAUCGAGCUUCAGAGAGAGGAAAGGACAUGCUUCCUUGCCCAGCUGCGGCCGCGCACGAAAAUGCCGACUUCCCGCAUCUCAGCACCAUCCGAGAACGGCAGGGGAACAGUUUCGCGGAGCCCGCCCGAGCGCAUGGCGCGGGUGUCUGUACACUGAGCGAGAAGAGUCCCCCGGCGCCGGCUCUUUCACCUGGAGAGAGCACAACUGAAGAAGAAGCAUCUUUUUCAACGGGCAAUGCAGGAAGCUCGCUCGCCUCGAUGGCGAGCGACCCAGGGAGCGGCCAGGAUUCCUCGCUCUCCUCUUCUCUGCUUCAGCGCCUGGGGGUGCGGACGGUCUCGGCUGCCGCAGUCGAGGAGCGCGUGCAGGAGGAGCUCCAGCAGCGCGACGAGGAACUCAACAAAAGACAGAGAAAGGCACCGCCUCCCUCUGCCUCGUCUGCCUCCUCCUCUUUUUUUGCUGCCGUCCCGCCCUCCUCGGCCUCGCAGCCCUCGCCGGGGCGAAACGAAGGGCUCGCUAGCCCCGGGGCAAGCGCCGCGGGCGCUGGCGCCUGCGCGCAUGCAACUGCGUCUUCUACGCCGGCGAAGGACGCGGAGGGGCGCCAUAGGCCGCCGGUCGCGGCGCCGGGAUACCACGUCGAGAAUCGCAGCGCGAGCGGCCUCGACGAGCUUGUCCGGGGUCUUGCCGCGCGGCUUGAGUCCGCGGAAACAGCGGCGGAAGCAGGUCCCGCGCUGACGGCGCCGGAAGGCAGUCGGUCGCGCGGGGCGGCUUCCAAGAACGAACUCCCGCCGUGCGCAGGGGCAUCAGAGCUGCCGAGACGAAGCCGCGAGGCGGAGGAUCUCGGGCGCGGCCUGCGUGGAGACACGCACGCGGAGGAAGCAGUCCAGCGAGCGGGAGGACGCGCCGCGGAGGCGAGAGCAGAGGCGAGCGAAGACGCCGCCCAGACGAGGGGCGAGCGGGUGUCGGGAGAGCUCCACACGCUCUCCGGUGGAAAAAGCGUGGCGUUCCAUGGUGAAACCGAAAAGGAAGCAGGAGACAGAGAAGAAGAAGACAGAGAGGAAGGAGAGAGUGAAGAAGAGUAUGGGAGUGAAGAAGACGAGAGCGUAGACGCUGAAGAUGCAGAUGACUGGACGCCUGCCUCCGAGCAGAAACCGAGAGCUUGUCGAGGAGGCGCGACCCGCGGAGGCCAGCCACGGUCUCGGAAGGGCUUCUCAGCUGCGAGCGACUUUCCGUCGGGUUUGGGCAGCCGCUCAAAAAGACGAAGGAGCCUCUCCGUCACUGAGCCGCCUUCAGACCACCGGGGCCCCGCGGCGCCUGAAGACGCGGCCUUUCUCGAGCCCAGCGCGACGGCGAGCUCCGCGAAGCGACGGUUGCAUGCCCCUGGCGGGGCCGAAGGGCGUCUGGAAGCGGCCGAAAGCGGAGGAAAGCAAGUGGAACGAGAAGUGCAGAGCCGUGGUCAGUUGUGGUCGGUGUCUGGCGAGAGCGGGGCAGACGACGACAGCUCAUUCGAAGAAGAGGAAGAAGAUAGACAGGAUGAGGAAGACGAGGUCUUUUCAGAGGAAGAAGAGCGUUUGCCGCCGUGCUUCUCUCGUGCGCGAGGGAAACUCCGGCGUGUAGGCGAGGCUUUGUCGUCGGUGGAACCGCCUUCGCCGACACCUCGGCGUCGCGCGCUUCCCGGGCGCCCCUUUGUCGCCUCGCUGUCUGCGUCGCCUUCUCGCGCCUGGGCAGGCUGGCGCGGGGAGAGGCCGUCGCUGGACGACUCUGCGCUGCGGCUCUACCGCCGUCGCCUUGCCCUCUACGAGGAGAGUCAGCGCGAGAGCGGCAGCGUUCCUUCCCGCGAGGGAGACGUGGAGAUCUCGGCGGAGCCCGAGGCGCCCGGCGACUCGGACGACGACGCCGAAGCCGGGCGCGGCGGGGCCACGCGGCCGCUGGAAGAGGCGCGGUUGAAGGUCCCGGGCUACAUCUGGGAGAAUCUGUAUCCGUAUCAACAGGAGGGCGUCAGGUGGCUGUGGAGGCUGCUGCAACAGGGCGUCGGUGGCAUCAUCGGCGACGAGAUGGGACUCGGGAAAACGAUCCAAACAGUCGCCUUCCUCGCCUCGCUUCACCACUCUGGCGUCCUGCAGGGCCUCUGGGAGUUCCAGCGCCAGGCGAUGGCGCGGGCGGCAUACGCGGCCGCAGACGCCGCCGUGAAAGGCCGGGCUUCGGCAGACAGAAGGAACGCAGGCGGCGGAGUGAUCAUCGUCUGUCCCGCGACCGUGCUACACCAGUGGGCGAAGGAGCUGCACCUCUGGUACCCGCCGCUCCGCGUCUGCGUGUUUCACCAAAAAAGCGUGGAGCGCCUGGAGGAAGCCGCGCGCGGCGCUGACGAAAGUCAUGGCGUUCUCCUGACGACCUACGAGACGCUGCGGACACACCUGCGCCUUCUGCUGCGGCACGCGUGGAAGAUGGUAAUCCUCGACGAGGGUCAGAAGAUUCGGAAUCCCCACGCCGCAAUCACCCUCGCGGUCAAGCAGCUCCCUACGCCGCACAGGCUGAUUCUGUCGGCGACGCCGAUUCAGAACAAUCUGCAGGAAUUCUGGUCGCUUCUCGACUUCGCAGCUCCCGGCAGGCUGGGCACGCUGCCGGUGUUUCUCGAGCAGAUCGCAGAGCCGAUCACGAUGGGCGGCUACGCGAACGCCUCGCGGGACCAUGUGGAGGCCGCGUACCGCUGCGCGUGUCUGCUGCGCAAAGUCGCACUGCCGCUGAUUCUACGCCGAUCAAAAAAGGAGAUGCAGGAAUUCCUUCAGCUUCCCAACAAGGCAGAAGAGGUGCUUCUCUGUCACAUGACGCCUGAGCAGUACACGCUCUACACCGAGUUCCUCUCGGCGCAGAAGGCCCGGUUUUCGCGGAAUCACUACCACCCAAACGACGACUACGCGUCGCCUUUUCCCGCGUCCGACGAGACGCUGGAGCGGCGCGAGCGAUGCCGCACGCUGUUUGCGCUCUCGGUGCUGAGAAAAAUCGCAAAUCAUCCCGACCUUCUCCUUGUCCACAACGAGGUGCGCCCGCACGACUACGGCAACCCCGACAGAGCGGGAAAACUGACGGUUUUGCGCGAGGUGCUCCGCGUGUGGAAGGCCGAGGGGCGGCGCGUCCUCCUUUUUGCGCAAACGGUUCAGAUGCUGGACAUCGUCCAGAACUUCCUGGAAACAGCUGAGUCUUCUUCUCCCUCGCCUUCUUCUCCCUCUUCUUCAUCAUCUGCGGGCGCGAAAGGCUAUUCCUUCCUGCGCCUAGACGGGAGAGUCUCGGUGGCGUCGCGCCAUUCAAUCGUGGAUCGCUUUCAACAAGAUGCAUCCAUCUUCGUCCUGCUGCUCACCACGCGCGUUGGAGGCGUCGGGCUGAACCUGACGGCGGCGGACCGCGUCGUGAUAAUCGAUCCCGACUGGAACCCGAUGACAGACAUGCAGGCCCGCGAGCGCAGCUGGCGGAUUGGGCAGGACAAGGACGUGUGCGUCUACCGCCUCAUCGCCGCGGGCACCGUGGAAGAGAAGAUUUAUCAUCGCCAAGUCUUCAAGUUCUUCCUGAGUCAGAAAGUCCUCCAGGAUCCGCGCCAGCGGAAGUUCUUCAAAAGGAACGACCUGCAGGAGAUGCUGGAGCCUCCGCCUCCGCCACCAGGAUUCAAUCCGGACUCCAUCGCGCCCUCCGGUGCUGGCGGCAAUUCCAGAUACCGCGACUUGCUGCACGCAGGCAUCCGCCGUGAGCAGCAGGCAGCGCGGAAGGCUUUUGGCGGCGAGCGCGAAGAGGAGGCUGAGAAACGGAAGAAGAAAAGGAAGUUCUACGGAGACGAAAUCGACGCGCAGGACGAAGAGAACGAGACCGUUCGAACCUUCAAACAGGCUGCCGCAGAGGGCGCGAGCGACGGCCGCGACUUGCGUGGAGGCGAGGCGCUGACGAGAGAAAAUAACCUGAUUUUGAAGACGCUACUGGAUGCCAAGGGCAUUCAGACUUCGCUCGCGCAGGACGACUUGGAACGGCCGCUCCUCGACGCGUCGUUCGUGGACCGCCAGAGUCGCGAUAUCGCUCGUGCCGCCAUGCGCGCGCUUCGCGCGUCGCAGAUCGAGCGCAUGUCGCACGGUAUCGAGGUCCCGACGUGGACGGGCAAGCGCGGGCGCGCGGGCAUUCCGUCGGCAGCGUGGCGCGCGGAGGCGGCGGCUCCGAGGUCGUCUCCGUUCUCGUCGUCCGCCUCUUCGACUCGCGCAGAGUUUUCCAGCGGCAUGGCCUCGUCCAUUCUCGCGGGCCUCCGCAGACUGCAGCAGUCGCUCCGCCCCCCCAAGGAGUCUCUGUCGCAGAUCUCGCGGCGCGGCGACGGCACACGAGGCCGCGGUCGCGCGCGCGGAGAGGCCGAUGUAGAUGCAGACAUAUGCCUCACUUUCGAAGAGAAGAAGCUCGCGGAAGAUCUGCUUUCCUUCUUCCUCUCUCGCGCUGACAGCCACUACUCUGUCACAACAGGCGAGCUUCUCGAGGUCUUCGCGCCGCGCGUUCCAGAGUUUCGGCGCAAAUUGUUUCGAGCGAUUUUGAAGGAGCUUUGCGAAAUCGUGAGGAGCUCCGACGCCGCGAAUCAACCGAGCUACUGGGUGCUGCGGGCUGCGUUUCGAAACCCAGAGGCUGCGUAG